AUGUGUUUGGUGGAUAAGCAGGUUUUAAAUGCGGAUGUUGAGACAAACACGAGAGACGAAAAGAAUGGCAGCGUUCAGCAAGAUAAAGCUGCGAUUACUUUGUCCAACACGGAAGGUAAGAACAAGGGCAGCACUCAACAAGAUAAGGCCAAAACUAAUUUAGAAAGCGAAAAGGAAGGUGAUGUUCAGCAAGGUAUGUCAGCAAUUACUUCAACCAACGAAGAGGGUGAACAGAAUGGCAAUGUCAAAAAAGAUACGGUUGAACAAGAAAUGGCAGAUGGAAAUGUGAAGAACAGUGUAGAGAUUGGAAAUAAUAACGAUAAGAAUUGCAAAGGGAAGGAUGUAAAGAUGAGCAAGCAGACCGCAAAUGCCUCAGCACCGAACAACAGUUCAAAGGAAGGGUCUCCAAAGAAUACGGCAACAGUGAACAAAAUGAAGCAGGGCACAUAUACACGACCGUUGUGUCUCAUCAAAAACUUAACUGCCUCACCAAUUCUUGACAUAACCACGUACAAGCGAAACGUUUUGUUCUGCAGUUACAGCGGUGAAGUGAUGAUGGUGACCUUCGAUACAGAACAAAUAGAAGAGGUGAAGGAAGAAGAGAGAGCCGAUGUAAAUAUAGGCAAGGAGCUG